AGAGCAGGGGGCUGCCUCUCCUGAAGGAGGUGCACGCUGGCAGCCUUGGCAGGCAGGGAGCGUGCACACAACCUGGCAGAGCAGAGGAGAGAUGGUGUUACCUCACCUGAGGAAGCUGUAUGCUGACUCCUGGACAGAAAGCUGCAGGAUCCUUCAUCACAGCUGAACACCAUGCAUGUUCACAUUGCACGGACCCUGGCAGAUGAGUGCUCAGACGGCCACAUUGGUGUCUUGUGCUGUCUACCUGACCAGGUGGGGAGUUACAGCUCAGCACAUGGCAGCCUGCUUUUUCCAGUGAACCCUACCAAACUGGCCACCUCCGGGAUCUCAAAGAGCCAACCUGCUGCUCAGCUGUUACCAGAGCCUGCUUUAGACCCCAAGACCAGCCCCCUACUGCUCCAGGAUGUCUCAACAAGCCAUGUCUCUCAAAUGGAGACAGAGGAAGAUGACUUCCUGACCUUUACUGUACCAAAGACAAAGGAUGAAUUUACUGUGCCAAAGAGACCAGAUGAGCAAGCCCACUAUGACGUAAAUUUCAUAAUUUGUGGGGAGGAAAGCUCAAACUGGGAUCUAAGUUCAACCUCAGUGAGAUGCUGCGAACAAGGGAAUUACUGUGAUGUUUCUACCAUCACUGAUGUGUGCAACACUGGAAAUGUUCCAGAAGUGGAAAUCAUCAGCUUACUGGAAGAACAGCUUCCCAGUUAUACUUUGCGAGCAGACUGUGUCUUUGGCUAUGACCAUGAUGACUGGCUUCACACCCCACUCAUCCCUCCAGAGGUCAAUAUCAAUCUGACCCCAGAGCAGAUUGAGGAGACCCUCAAGUAUUUCCUGCUGUGUUCAGAGAGAGUCGGGCAAGUGACAAAGACUUACCAUGACAUUGAGGCUGUGACACAUCUUCUAGAGGAGAAAGAGCGUGAUCUAGAACUUGCCGCACGCAUAGGACAGUCCCUUCUGAAGUCAAAACGCUCUCUGACUGAGACCAAUGAACUUCUGGAGGAGCAGCUAGAUGCUGCCAGAGAGGAGAUUGCCCAACUGCGACAUGAACUCAGCAUGAGAGAUGAUCUUCUUCACAUAUAUACCAGUAGCGUUGAGGACAGUGACACAUGCUCAGCUUUUUCCACACCUUUGAGGCACAGCGAAUCUUCUACUUCACUUCAGAGCUCCUUCCAGUUUGACUUCCUGCAGCAGAAACUGAAAGGAUUAGAAGAGGAAAAUCUAAAACUUAGAACAGAGGCUAACGACUUAGAAAAUGAGACAACGACCUAUGAGGAACAGGAGCAGCGGCUAAUGCUUGACUGCAUGCAGGAGCUUGCUUCAGCCAACAAACAGAUAUCUGUUUUGUCAGAUGACUUGGCUCGAAAAGUGGAAGACACGGUGCGGCAGCAGGAGGAGAUAAGUCAACUGUUAGCCCAAAUUGUGGACCAGCAACAGCGGAACAAAAUACUGUCAAGAGAGAAUGAAGAGUUAACCCAGCACCUACUGGCUGCCAGAGAGGGGCAGGAACAGCUGAAAUGUGAGCUUUCAGAUGUACGUGAAAAAUAUUCUGAAUGCCAAGCCAUUCUCCACGAAGCUCAGGAGGAGAUUAAAAACCUUCGAAACAAAAGCCUACCCAACAGCACCAUCAACCGUUAUGGGGCACUCAACAUCUUUCCUUUGGACUCACUGGCAGCUGAGAUUGAAGACACAAUGCGCAAAGGCCUUGACAGCCCAACCACUCCAGAAUACAAGAAUCAUCAGAAACGUGUUUUUGAGACAGUCAAGGCAGUAAACCAGGUUGUCCGGUUUAAGUCCCUCUGCCCAUCUCCACAAAUUCCGGGUUCUGGUCAGUCCUCUACCUUACACUCCACUCUGCCCAGCCCGUUGAGCACUCCUCGUACCAGCUACUAUGGUUCUGACUCUGCCAGCAUGCUAUUGGAGGACAAGCCCCCAGGAAGCCCAACUCUCCCUGGCAGUUCUCAGCCCGAAGGACAGGACAAAAAACCUGGCCAGCCGGGCACCCCUGGGGGCCAAGACUUGGAGGCAGCCCUGCGGCGACUCUCAGCACGGCAGGAGAGUCACUCAUCUGAGCGGCCCUUUUUUGAGGUUGAACGUGAGAGGAAGCUGCAAGCGCUGGCUGCAGACAGUGAGAUAUGCAGCAGUGGUUUCCUGACCCCAGAUGAAAGUGUGUUGUCCACUGGAACCAACUACUCUGGCAGCUCUGAGCACAGUGGGGGCUCAAGCAUCUCCCACAGUUCACGUUCAUACUACCCAGAUCGGCUGCAGAUCGUCAAACCACUUGAAGGCUCUGUCACUCUUCAUCACUGGCAACAGCUGGCUAGGCCAAAUUUGGGGGGCAUACUGGAUCCACGGCCAGGUGUGCUCACCAAGGAUUUCAUGGAGCUUGAUGUUGACAUGCAGGAAAUUUACAGCCUCAAUGAUCUGGAGGAAGAUGAGAUGGAUCCAGCUUCCUCAUUCACUCUGGCCGGUGCUUCUUCUUUGACCGGAAGGCAGGGCAAUAGAGUGUGUCAGUCAGGUCACAAUCUUCCCCAGACCCUGCCCACUCAUACCAUCACCAUGUGCCGGAUCAUGCACCCCUUGGCUGAGCAGAAUGGCCUUCCUAAUCAAGGCCUUUCCUCUCGUUGGAGUUCUGGAAAGUUAAGGGAGGCUGAAAGCAGCCUCCUGCAUCAGUGCAGACCGUCUGAGUCGGUCACACGCCAACGGGCGCACACCUGGACACUGAGCACUUCGCUGGGAUUGGCACGACUACUGCAAGAGCAGGGCAUCUCGGCAGCCAGUGGCCGUAGGUGGGAGCACCAGCUGCUUUCUGGGCCACCACGGAACACUUCCUUCUGCAGUCCACCUGGAAAAGAUGAGACAUAUGAUGGAGCUUUUGCACAGCCUGGGGUAACAAAGCCAGCUGCUGCCACAGGCCCUGUUUUACAUGCUCAAAGCUAUAAAAAUAUUUUUAGCAUUAACUUGUUGGAAAAGCUGAAGAGCCUUGGGUUGUACAAAGUGGCAGCCCGGGGACUGAUAACCAAGAAAAGUGGAGCCAAAGAAUCACCUGCACAAGGAGCUACAGGACAACACUACAGCCAUUAGAGGGCACCAUUUUGUAUCUUUAUAUUUCAAUCUUAACAAGUGGACACUUUUAACAUAAACAUGUGUGUAUGAAAUACACAGAGCUAUGAAUAUAAUGUUUUACAUUCAUACCUGGCAGAUGGUUCGCUGUGCGGACGGGCAUUAAAGUGGCACAGAAUGGCAUAGGGUUUAUUGAAGCUUUGUCAGACUCCUAAAGCCUACAAUCUCCUAGAAGAGGGAGUCACCUCCUGUUGUCACCCAACGUCACCCAUUUGAAAGCUGCCUAAUGUGCACACACACCAAAGACUCUUGUUGCAGCUCAUUACAUCAGGAAUGCCACUUGACCUCAGGGCCAAAGAAGGAUAGACUGGCAUAGUCAAUCCGUCUGUGAUAUUGAUUGACUUAUACAUUUUGGGUGUUUUGAUGUAACGUGCAUCCUGAGAUGGUCAUCAGUCUGUUAUUAGAUGGCACAGUUAAUUUCCACAGGAACUGUUGGUACAGCAUGGCUUGAGAUAUUUUGCCUGUUGUUGAAGGACUGGGGGAGCCACACACUUUUUAAAGAAACUGUUACCUGUGACAAUUGUGCCCUUCAUGUUUUAUAUUAAAACGUAAUGAGAGAGUAUUCAGGGGGCAGAAAAUAUGUGAUAGGGUUGCCAGAUAGAUGAUCUGGGUUCACUUCCUGAGGAAUAAAAGCCAUUGGCAUUGAAGUAUCGAUAACUUUUAGGAACAAAAUAGUAAUUGUGUCAUUUGUUUCUGUUCCAUGGAGCCAAUAAGAAUAAUCACCAACAGCAGAGACAGUGUGUUUAUUUAACAAAUGGCACGAAUGGGCAAUCACACAAGUCAUGAAAGUCCGACUCAGAUAAGGGGAUCAGAGUGGACUAUCAGAGAUUUUCUUGCCCCUUAUCUGACCACCCCUAAAGUACAGUGUCUUGAGGCUGCACUUUUUAAAUACCACAUAAAGACUGAUCUGGAGGCUCUUACCUGGCAUUUAACUCCCGUCCAUUUAACUACUUAUUCUCAAAGGCCAAGGGUUCAACUUUUUGGGAGCCUUUACAUCUCAAAACAACAAUCUGAAUAAAAUGUAUAAAUAUCA